AGUACAAUGUCGUGAAAAUCGCUUCAUAGCCAUGUAGAGAUUUUGGGUUUUCCCGUUUUCUGUAUUGACGAUUUGACCUUGCUUCACGAUUCACUGUAAACCAGUUUUGAUGUCAAGUAUUGUACUUCAACUGUGUGUCGAUAUAAGCAACAGAAGGUGUACAGGAUCACAGAAUGUUUUGUGAUGAUGUCCCACUCUUCGUAUCUUCUGUGGAAUGUACUUUUGGUUACAGUUCUUUUCCUGUUUGUGCCCUUAGUAAACAUGCAGUUGGCAGCAACACACAACUAUAGUUGGUGUUCCUUAAAGAAGGCAGACGUGGAGUUCAUUUCUAGAACAGAGCACGGUUGGUUAAGAUUUUUACAAUUAAUACUUGUAAUACAAUUAAUACUUGUAAAUGUCCUUCAAACUUAUUCAAAUGAAACAAACAAUAGACACACAGAGAACAAAAAGGGUGUUCCUGAAGAAAAUCAAGAACUUAUGUACAAGGGUGUUUCAAGUAUAGGUAAUAAUUUUUACGAAAUAAACCAGACUACACGGCUGAAGGAAAGGGAUGACCAUGAAAACAACCCACUUAUGUCGAAAUGUGUUUCUUUAACAAUCGAUAACUAUUACGAAGCUACCCUCUUUCAAAGAGUCCCAUGGGAUGUUUCAUUUCAUCAAACUAUAACUGCUUAUCCCUUCCUUCCCCAAUACCAAAAGGAUUUCGACUCAAAUUGUAUGAGAUAUGAAGGCAUACGAUUAGCAUCAUAUAAUCAUACAGCUUUCUAUUUUAAAAUAUCCUGUCUGGAGUUAGCUAAAGAAGGUUUCUACAGCUCAGGAAGAAACGACGAAGCCAUUUGUUUUGAAUGCGGUAUGACGAAGUCUUCAUGGUUUAAAGGCGUUCGUCCAAAACAGAUUCACCAAAAUGAAUCUCCAUCCUGUCUUUUUUAUACCCCGUUUUCUAGAAAUGUGAAAAUUCGUAAUCAAGAGAAACCGACAAAGUUUGCGCAGCCUAAAAUGCCAGAUGGUUCCAGGAACAAAACUCACGAAGAUCCACACUUGAAUGAAACGACUACAAAAUUAGCUUCAACUUACAUAACUAAUGAAAACAUGCAGGAGGAUACGAUAUUAAAAGAGGAAUCUAGUAAAGAAGCAGCUGGAAACAUGAAUUGGGAACGUUCAAAUCAACCUAACAAUUUUAUUGAUCAUUCCAUGCCAGCAGAAAUAGAAUAUGUUAACGGUAUAUUAAACAAAGAGGGAUCUAAAAGUCCCCAAUAUGAAUCACUGAUUAGUCGUAUAUCAACCUUCACCAAAGCAUGGAAAAACACUGGAUUCCAAUCACCAAUAAAGAUGGCUGAAGCUGGAUUCUUUUACACGGGCAAUGUAGAUGCAGUGAAGUGUUGGUUUUGUGGUAUUGCACUAAAGACGUGGGAGCCCACUGAUGAUCCCUGGAUGGAACACAUUCGUUGGUCAAACAACUGUGGUUUUAUUAAGUCCCAGAAAGGAGCGGAUUUUGUUAUUGAGUUACAUAAUAAUAUGGGACAACAGACAACAAUGUCAAGUCAAAGAAAUAACACAGAUUUAACAGAAUCAGUAGCAGUGGCAAUGAAUGCUGGUUUUACUAACGGUCAAAUAGAUGAAGCGGUGACUAUAGUAGGACCAGAUGCACCAAUUGAUCUAUUGAUGGAUGUUCUUAUGAAUAUCAACAUGAACACUCAACAGGAUAGUUAGAUCGCUUAAAAUGGAGUUGCCGCCCUUUAAGUUAAAAGACGAUCUGUUUGCCGGCUCUUGAAGACUAUUUGAUAUAAAAAAAGACGUGUAUGAGAUUCAAAUUAUCACCCAAAUACAAAGAGAAGUAAAAAAUAAAAAGGAAAUUAUAGUUACUUAAAGUAGCAAUGUUGUUGUUGAUCUAUAUGAAUCAAACUAUGUCCAAUUUUUGCAUAGUGUAAAAACAUAAUGUUAUCGCUAUUUACUGCUUAUAAAACAACUCCCACAUUUUCUCAAAUGAGCAUUUAGAAAACCCAAUUCUUAAAUUAGUCGCUAACCACUGUAUGGAUAUUUGAGAGUGUUCUAUGAAACGGGGCUGAUUGUCAUUUUAAAACAUGUUUGGUUUUAGUAACGCAGUGGACAAAUUCUUUUCUAACAGAUAGAUUUUACUUUGUACAUCAUCAGGAUAUUAAAAAUGUUUAGAAGAUUUAUGAAGUUUUUAUUAGAAAACUAUCUCAGUACGUGAAUGUGUUAUUAUUUAAAUUUAUUGCAUUCUUUACAACCUAUAUGCUUUUCAGAUUGAAAGAUUAUGUAGUGGUUAUAAAUAAAAAAAAGCUUAUAAAAUAA